AUGGUCGGUUUCCAGCAGCUGGAACGCAAGUACUCGAAACUUGCCAACGAACUAAGACGCACGCAAGCCGCUGUAAAGACCGACAUCAAGAGCGAGAGCCCAGCGCCCAUUGGUACCUCCUGCGAGAUGAAAAACAUCACGGGAACUGACUGCGGUCCUCCGUGCCCUGGUCACACCAAAUUUCAGCUCAGUGAAGCAAGGCUUCGCAAAGCCAACAAUGACCUCAUCACCUCCGGACGGCUUCAAUCAUUUCGCGAGGGUCCGCGCACUGCCCCUUAUGCGCCUUUCAUCACGACACAACUUGAAGCAGGUUUGAAGACGGUCCUCCGCUGCUUCACCACAUACUCCCUCGCUCUCAAUGGCCGUGCACAGAUUGCAGUUUCAAGGCUCGGGGCGGAGGUUGAGGCUGUCCGUUCUGCUGCCGAAGACUACCUGUCAAAGCUCGAGGACUGUCGCCGAGAUGUCGAAGAGCAACUUGCCUCCAAGAUGACAUAUCAUGCGAAAUGCCUGUGUGAUUCUCUGGAUCUAAACAUGAGGAUUCCCAAGUCACGAGACCCAGAACACCUCAAUUUAACCCUCGAGGGUCACACGGCAGAUCAGGUGUAG